AUGUCGUCCCCUCUCUUGGAAGAAGCUGCGCGGAUCGCCAGUCAGUUCGACUAUCCCGCCCAUGAGGUCCAGCGUGGGGUCAAGGAAUACAUCCGGGAAAUCGACGAGGGGCUGUCGCAUGAGAACACCACGCUGAGCCAGAUUCCGACUUACGUGACCUCUGUUCCCAAUGGCACCGAAAAGGGCCUGUACCUGGCGGUCGACCUCGGUGGCACGAAUUUCCGCGUCUGCUCCGUCGAGCUCCAUGGCGACACGACAUUUUCGCUCACGCAGACCAAGAUCAUGACACCCGGGGAACUGAUGGCAUCGGGGUCGUCGAAGGAUCUGUUUGUGUUCUUGGCCCGCCAGAUCGAGUCAUUCUUGCGCAUCCAUCACAAUGAACACUUUGAGGCGCACAUGCGACGUCGCGGCACCGACCAGCGCGAGGAGGGCGUGUUCGAUCUGGGGUUCACUUUCAGCUUCCCUGUUCGCCAGGUCGGCAUCAACAAGGGGACGCUCAUUCGCUGGACGAAGGGCUUUAAUAUCCCAGACGCCGUGGGGCGUGAUGUGUGCUCUCUCUUGCAGAGUGCCCUGGAUGAGCUGGAGCUGCCGGUGCGCGUGGCCGCGCUGGUCAACGACACGGUGGGCACGCUCAUGGCGCGCUCGUAUACCUCCCCCGGCGAGACCGGGACGUUCCUGGGCGCGAUCUUCGGCACCGGUACCAACGGCGCCUACGUGGAGAAGCUCGAGCGGGUGACCAAGUUGGACAACAUCGAGCACGCGGACUAUGACAAGUCCACGGGUGAAAUGAUCAUCAACGCCGAGUGGGGCAGUUUCGAUAACCAUCUGAGUGUGCUUCCGAAUACCGUUUAUGACCAGGAGCUCAACGAAGAGAGCAACAACCCCGGCGUGCAGAUGUUCGAAAAGCGCGUGUCGGGCAUGUUCCUGGGUGAAAUCCUGCGUCGCGUGCUGCUCGACCUGUACCAGAACCAGUCUCUGGGCCUAUUCAAGCCCGGUGAGGGAUCCGACGUCUUGGUCCCCGAGGAUUCGAACCUCUUCCGCCAGUGGGGUGUCGACACCAGUCUCCUGAGUCUGGUGGAGGCCGAUAAGACCGAGGGGAUGGAACCGACCAAGGUCGCCCUGAAGGACCAUGCGAAGAUCGAGCGACCGAGUAUGGCCGACUGCAAGGCUGUUCAGACCAUCGUGCACGCGAUCGGCAAGCGCGCCGCGCGUCUGAGCGCGGUGCCGCUGGCAGCUAUUCUGAUCUCGACCGGCAAGCUCCAGGCCGAGGACAUGGUGGACAUUGGCGUGGACGGAAGCUUGGUCGAGUUCUACCCCAACUUCGAACACCACCUGCGGGAUGCCCUACGGGAGGUACCAGAGGUUGGAGAAACCGGCGAGAAGAAGAUCCGCAUCGGGAUCUCGAAAGAUGGCAGCGGCGUGGGUGCGGCAUUGAUUGCCCUGGUCGCUAGCCGAGAGGAAGCUCGAAAGAAGGCGCAGAAGUCGCAAUAG